CCCAAUUUACGUGGGGGAUAAGGAAAACAGGACCCGCAAUAUUUAUCCAUAAGCUGUUUAUACCACCAGUAAACCACCGCCAGAGUGUAUACAGUACCUCAAGACUACCCGCCCAAGCGUCAUCGAAUCUCCCGCCCGCCAUUCUUGUUGGUGCCCAUUUUGACCAGCUUUUGAUACCUGGGUACGGAGCUUGUGUCUUUGUGUUUUAUUUACACGGCAGGCACGAAUCUGAGGGUAUCUAACAAAGCUGCUUUUCUGUGAUCUUUUAACGGAAGGAGGGACCUACUUACUGGUGUUGCUAUCGUUAAGAGAAGGGAGUCCCGUCUUGUCGCGGCCAUGGCGACUGAAGAUGUGUACGCCACGCUGCUGCUGAAUGACUUGUAUCUGCCAGGUGCUCUUGUGUUGGCCCAUUCGUUACGAGAUGCGGGGACGACGAAGAAACUCGCUGUGCUCGUCACGCUCGACAGCGUCUCUGUGGACGCCAUGGUGGAGUUACAGAGAGUCUACGACCACAUCAUCCCCGUCGACCGCAUGGUGAACCAACAGCCCCAGAACCUCUCCCUGAUGGACCGCGUCGACCUGCACUCGACCUUUACCAAGAUCACGCUCUGGAAACAGCUCCAGUUCCGACGCAUCGUGUAUAUGGACGCGGAUAUGGUGGCGUGGCGCGCCCCGGACGAGCUGUUUGCCGUUGAGGCCGCUUUCUCCGCGGCGCCGGAUAUUGGGUGGCCGGAUAUCUUCAACACCGGGCUGAUGGUGCUUACUCCCAACAUGGGGGAUUACUGGGCGCUGUACGCUAUGGCGCAGCGCGGAAUCUCGUUUGAUGGAGCCGAUCAGGGAUUGCUGAAUAUGCACUUCAAGAAUAGCUUCAAUCGCUUGAGUUUCACGUAUAAUGUCACCCCGAGCGCUCAUUAUCAGUAUAUCCCGGCGUAUAAACACUUCCAGUCGAGUAUAAGCGCGACGCAUUUUAUUGGGAAGGAGAAGCCGUGGACCCAGGGGAGAGAGGCUAGCCAUGGAUCCGGUCCGUUCGAUGAGAUAACCGGAAGGUGGUGGGCGGUAUACGACCGGCAUUACAGAGGCACUAAAUCGCCGACUGUCCAGUACUACGUGAAGGGCGAAUUCCAACCCCCGAACUACAGCCACGUCAACAUCAGCCACGAUCAGAGUGAGAUCAUUUCCCCGGAACCUGUUACGACCCUUGGCCCAGUCCCUGUUGAGGAAUCCUUCCGCGAGACGACCCAGAUAGAAAAUGAAAAGCCGGCUGACCAUGUUGAACCUAUUCCAGAGCCCGCACCAUUCGAUCCGUCGCCCGCGCCUUAUGUCCCAGGACCAGCAUCAUACCCACCGGAGCCCGUGGCGUCUGCACCAGAACAAUUAAUAUCCGGUCAGCUCCCAAUCCCACAUGGAAACCCCCCCGCGGAAUCUGGACCUGGACCGGCGUACUUACCGCCUAGUUCAGCACCGUUGCCAUCUGCCACGCCGCCACAGUUUGCUCAUGAACCAGUAGCUCCUCCGUUUGUUGCGCCGUUCGCGGCAUGGGAUGCGUCAAGGUCUGCACCACCUUCUGGCUCAAAACCGGAGGCUGCGAACUUUCCCGCUACUCAAUACUCCAUGUCUUCCGAUCCUACACCAUACAAGGCCCCGGAGAGGUAUCCGGAUCCUCCCAAAGACAUGUACUACGAAGUACCAAAGACCCCAACAUACCAGAAGCCCGCCCCAAUUUUCCCAUGGGAGACCAAGGACGCUCCCAGGCCCACGAGGGUAUUCGCAGAAGAUGAAGACCUUCAACCAACCAGCCUAGAGCCCACCGACGACGGCGAGGCGACCGACCAAGCCACCUCCCCGGCAUCAACGGUAACAACCAUCCCCUCCGACCCAUGGCACUCAUUCUCUAGCAACUCGCGCAACGCGUGGGACGACAUCCCCGAAAUCGAGCGCUACAUCGGCGCCCUGCAGAAGAACCGCAAGGGCAAUAUUCAAGUGCUCCAAGGCUACGGCUCCGGCAUCAACGAGGAUGGACUACCCGGAUCGGGACGGCGUCGCGCGAGUGUGCGCGUCACCGACUUCCCUACCGAGAUCGAGCGGCCUAGCCUGCCCGUGACGCCGGCGCCGAUCAGGCGGCCCAAGUUCCAAGGCGGAGGCGACGACAAUGGCGACGAGGGCGAGCUGCCCGUCGCGGAGGGGGUCCCCGCACAGACUGAAUGGGAUCCAGCGGCCCAGCUGGAGGCGCUCGCCAGAAGACAAUCGGAGGUUCUAGGGAGGGAGCUCGGGGAAGGGGGUGGGGGGAAGGAGAUUCCGCAGCGGCCGCUGCCGUUUGGCUCCGAGGGCGUAGUGGUGUCGAGUCCGGGGGUGGCGGAUUUGCAGAGACGUCCGUCGAAUCCAGUGAGGGGGAGCUUGGGGGCGUUUGAGGAGCCGAGUUAUGGCGGGCCGGGGGCGCUGUGGGAGAAGGAUGAGGGACCGGUGGUGGCGCGGGGGACGCAUUUGCCGCCUAGUGAGGCGGAACAGGAUGCGUUGGCGUCGUGAGGGGGGGUGAGUUGACUCAGACAGAUAUGGAUGAUUUUUCUUGAGGAGGGAAUGUAUAUUAGCUUUCAUCCCCUGCUCGGUGGGGCGGGGUGACCCGGGAGGGGGGUUAUAUUUCUCAUUUUUGCACCGCAUUGUUUGCGUGGCAUUUUCUUGCUUACGUCUGGGAUGGGCGCGCUUUGAUCUUGGGCGUUUAGGAAAAUCUCGAGGGAAGUUCUUCGGUGCUGUGGUGGGUGAAUGGCGGAUGGGUGUGUGGUGUAGGGUAGUUUAAUCUAUCUAUCUCUACGUGC